AUGUAUACAUAUUAUGUAUGCUGUAUACUAUACACUGUAUAUAUAAAUAUAAUUUUUAACAUUUUUUCUACACGUGUGAAUUAUCAAGCUCGCGUGUUCAACUUGUGUUCGGUAGCUCGAACGAAUUAUAACGUGUUUGCACAAGUGAACAAAAGUGACGGAUGGUUACACAACUGUUUGCAUUUCACGUAAACAGGUAUUUAUGGCUAUCUUGUCGCCUUGAGAACUAUGUAUAUGCGUACGUUAAUUAACGCUUUGAGUGGCCAUCGUGAACUUUCUAUUUUUAUCUGCCUCGUUAAUUUCCCUUUUUUUCUGAUAACGUUUUGCUUGUAUUUCUUUCAUUAGGAUCGUAGACGUCCGGGAAUAAUGGACCGUACGUUGAAUUUGUCAGAUUUGUACGAACUGUUGCACGACGCUUUUCUAAUCACGGAGGAAGUUAAAGAAAUAUUAAGAAGGGACUGUGACGAAGCGGCAUUCGUUUUAAAACCGUGGCAGGUGAAAACCCUCGUUGAAAGACGAGCCGACGAAAGCAUCUGUAAUUGUAAAAAAAACGAAAACGAAGCUGAGGAGAUCGCCGCGGGAAUAGGCAGAGCGAUCGUUCUCGCGCAAGAGUUGCGGGAAAAAUUGAAGCUUAACGUAGCGUCGAGAAAGAAAGCCUUGAGGAAGGACACGCUUGAAAAUAUUUAUCUGUCCAAUCCUGCGUCGACUAGCGAUCGCAAAAAAGUAUCGAAGAGCAAUAUUACGAUGCAAAAAUCAAACGCCGCGAAAAGCCUCGACUGUAAAAGAUCAAAUGCACUUCAGAACGACAAGGAAACUUCCGUCGCGGCGAGAAAGUCUGUCGGCGGUACAAGGCGAUGUGACACAGUCGAGAAGACGCAAUCGAAGGUGUCGUCUUCUGCAAAGAUUGCAGGCAAGCCACAGAAAGGAAAGAAUUUUAUAUUGGAGAAUAAAUUAAAAGUUAAGAAGAUAAGUUCGGCAAAUAAACUACAAGCUGAUGAUAAUCGUGAUACUCCGCAAAAUUCAAGAAAGUUUUUACCGCCCGAGGCAUCGGCUGCUGAAUUAAGCGAUUUGAUACACAAAAUGACACGACAAUCUACCGAGAGUACUUCGACUUCUCUUCCCGAGAACAUUAAGAACGAUUGUCCGUUACACGGAAAUAAUUUACGUCAAUCCGUUCAAGAACAGAUUGUAGCGAUAGACGUAGUGGAAGCGCUCCGGUAUUUUAACGUGCCGAAUGAAAUUGUUAAAGUACUGAGAACUUACCACGCGUUUUUAAAAACUGACGCAGACGACUUGAGCGAUACUAAAGAGGACAGACACAAGAAAUCGGUCGAUACCUUUCUGAAAGAAUUCGAAGCGAUGAAUAUAACUAUGCAAGAUUAUUUAUUAGAAGAGCCUCACUUGCUUAAUAAGGCAGCAAAAUCGAUAACUGCAUUUAGUAGGAUUUUUACUGAAGAUUUAGAUUCGAGCCAAUUCAAUGAGACGAAGAUCGCUUCUGCUGAAUUAGGAGCCUCUUUCAACAGUAUUAGAAAUAUUGCAAAACCGAUCACAAAAGAUCCAUGCGAUCUUUCUUUGACAAGAGGCUGGAUGUCGAACGGCAUUUGGAAUAUUUCCUGUAUGGAACACUUUAAAAAUUUUUCCAAAGCGUACAACAUAAGAUACUGUAAUAAGAAGCAAUUGUUGUCGUUGUGCGAGGCUAUACAAAAAUUGCAGCGCACCAAAUAUCUAAAUACGUUGAUCCAAAUUAUUUUACGCGACGUGAUACCCGCCGUGAAGUCUAACGUCGAUCCUGCGAGCGCGGAGUACGCGCAAGCAUAUAAAACAAUAUUUAUUCUCCAUCAAGGUUUAAAUCCCGAAGUGCCGGUUUUAGUGAGGACCGAUGACUGAGUCUCGCUGGUGUCACACCACGGCGUAUUCUCUGUUACUAUAGUAACCACUGUGCUUGUACCUUAUACUGCCUAAUUGACUGUUCACUUUUCGCGAAAGUACAGACCGCAAACUGUGCAGAGAUGUAUUUUUUUUUUAAUUAUAACAAGACAUUAUUGCUCUAAAUAACAAUCGCCAUAUUUUGUGCCAUCAGGUAUUUCUUAAUAAGUGUGGAAAAUAAAAUUUUGAUAUUCUAGUUGUAAAA